AAAAUAUUUAUCAUACAUAUAUUUAGGUAAAAAAAUAUUUCAUUUCAGUUUAGCACAAUCACUUGUAUACGUUAAAUAUGUGUCAGUCAUCUUAAUGUUUGUUAUCAACUAAAAAAUACUCAAUAAAAUUAGUUUAAUGUCAUUAUUGUAUUAAUACUGGUGAUUUGCUCCAAGAAACCUUAUAAAAAAUGGCGAACAAUAUUUCUACUGACAAAAGAAAUAAUAUUCCUCUGAAUGUUAUUGAAGAAAGAAAUUUAAAUCGGAAAUUAUUAAAUGUACCAAGUGAUAAUGAAGAAUUAAAAACAGAUAUGGCAAAUGAUAUUACUGAUGAGAAAGUUCUAACUGAUGGAAAAUUAAAGAAAGCAAGUGUGAUAACAAUUGACACCACUGACAAACGAACUUAUCGAAGCUCAAGACUAGAUAGCACUUAUGCUGCUAAAAAAACAGUUGCUCAAGGAAUGAUGGAUAUUGCUCUUAUCACUGCCAAUGCUAAUCAGUUGAGAUAUUUAAUAGAGUACCAAAGAAAUAGUGCAACAUUUUGGGUAAACGUUGUCCUAAUUGUAGUGAGUCUUUUACUCCAAAUAGCAGUAGGAAUCAGCCUGAUUUUUAAAGGACGUUUUGAUAUGCAAGGAAGAUCUCAUUCACGUCAAGCAAGAAUGAUAAACAAUUAUGUGGUCGUUGGUGUUUUCCUUAUUACCAUUAUCAAUGUUUUUGUAGCUGCUUUUAGUGUUUCACCUGCUAAUCCAGUAGUUACACCAAUUACACCAGUUCUACCAGUACAAAUAACAUCUCCAACAACCAAUACAUCAACAUAGUUCUUCAAUCAAUUGACAUAUAUUU